ACCCACAGGCGUCCAAUAGAAGUGCAAGAUAAAUUGUCCGGUCAACAGUCCAUUGAACACAUCCCAAACACUUUACCUUGGUGUGAGACUGGGACCAGGGCUCUCUGACAUCUGCAAGAGGAUAAAUACUCAUUGCACAAAGGAAACGAUGCGAGAAAUCGUUUACAUUCAAGCUGGCCAGUGUGGCAACCAGAUCGGCGCAAAGUUCUGGGAGGUGAUUAGUGAGGAGCAUGGAAUCAACUGCACUGGGGAAUAUGUGGGCGACUCAGACCUUCAGCUGGACAAGAUCAGUGUCUACUUCAACGAAUUCUCGUUCUCCAAGUAUGUCCCCAGAUCCAUUCUAGUGGACCUGGAGCCAGGAACCAUGGACAGUGUGCGCUGUGGACACAUAGGACACCUCUUUAAACCGGACAAUUUCAUCUUCGGUCAUAGUGGAGCUGGUAACAACUGGGCUAAGGGCCACUACACGGAGGGAGCUGAGCUAGUGGAAGCAGUGAUGGACGUGGUGAGGAAGGAGGCAGAUAACUGUGACUGUCUCCAGGGCUUCCAGCUUACCCACUCCCUGGGCGGGGGCACAGGCUCUGGCAUGGGGACCCUACUCAUCAACAAGAUCCAGGAGGAGUACCCUGAUCGUAUGAUGGCCACCUUCAGCGUGGUCCCCUCCCCUAAGGUGUCGGACACGGUGGUGGAGCCCUACAACGCCACUCUCUCUGUUCACCAGCUUCUAGAGAAUACAGACGAAACUUUCUGCAUCGACAAUGAGGCGAUCUACGACAUCUGCUUCCGCAAGCUCAAGCUCCCCACACCCACCUAUGGAGACCUCAACCACCUGGUGUCGGCCACCAUGAGCGGGGUGACCACAUGCCUUCGCUUCCCAGGCCAGCUCAACACCGACCUCCGCAAGCUGGCCGUCAACAUGGUACCCUUCCCCCGCCUGCACUUCUUCAUACCGGGCUUCGCCCCGCUCACUAACAGGGGGGCCCUGCAGUACCAUGCCCUCACCGUGCCUGAACUCACCCAGCAGGCAUUCGACGCCAAGAACAUGAUGGCAGCCUGCGACCCGCGUAACGGGCGCUACCUCACCGCGGCGAUGGUGUUCCGGGGUCACAUGUCUAUGAGGGAGGUGGACGAGCAGAUGCUGGCCAUUCAGAACAAGAACAGCAGCUACUUUGUGGACUGGAUCCCCAACAACAUUAAGACAGCGGUCUGUAAUAUCCCACCCCCUGGACUCAAUAUGUCCGCCACCUUCAUAGGCAACAAUACAGCCAUCCAGGAGCUGUUCAAGCGUCUCUCUGAGCAGUUCACCGCCAUGUUCCGUCGCAAGGCCUUCCUGCACUGGUACACCGGAGAGGGAAUGGACGAGAUGGAGUUCACCGAGGCCGAGAGCAACAUGAAUGACCUGGUGUCUGAGUACCAGCAGUACCAGGACGCCACCGCUGAGGAGGAGGUGUUUGAGGAUGAAGAGGAAGAAAAAUGA